CGCUGCGCGGGCAGCAUGUGGGAGCCGGCGGAGUUCGCGCGGCACUGGCAGGCCGAGUUCCCCGGGGAGCCGGCGCCCCGCAUGCAGCUGGGCUCGGUGCGGGACAUGGAGCUGGAGCUGGAGCGCUGCCGGGGGAACCUGAGGCAGCUGCAGCAGGCGCUGGCCGAGGAGAAGUUCAAAGUCAUUUACCUGGAGACGGCGCUGGCCCGGGAGCCCCCGGAGCCCGCCCCCCUCCCGGACAUGCCCCCUGGCAAGAGGGGCGCAGCGGGGCGCGCGGUGCACAGCUUGGCCGCAGCCAUCCAGCACCAGCUGCAGCAGCACAAGGCAGCCCCGCGGGCCGGGAGGCAGGGCAGGCGGCAGCCCCGCAGGCAUGAGCAGGGCAGCGAUGCUCCAGCUGGGCACCCCCCUGCCCAGACCCAGGGCAGCGAGCCCCCCGUGCCCGUCCCCAGGGAGGCCCAGGGCAGCGAGCCCCCCGUGCCCGUCCCCAGGGAGGCCCAGGGCAGCGAGCCCCCAACUGAGCACUCCCAUGGCAGUGAGCCCCAUGGCAGUGAACCCCCGGUCCCCAUCGCUGGCGAGGCCCAUGGCAGUGAGCCCCCUGCUCAGCAUCCUCUUUGUUCUGGUGAGGCCCAUAGAGACCCUAUGCCCAUCUUUAGGGAGGUCCGUGGCCGGCAGCCCCAUGCCAAGAACAUGCCUGGCCCCGGGGAGGGCAGUGCCGACCCCAACGAUGAGGAGGUGGACCUGAGUGAGAAGUUCCUCCUGAACCCCAUCUUCUUAGGCUUCAGGAUCCUACCCCGGGAGUCUGGGGAGGAGCUGGACAGGCCCCAUCGCUGGCUGCCCGCCUUAGGGGGCAGGUGGCCCAAGCGCAGCCGGGAUCUGGACUUGCUGGAUGGGACGAAUGGGUGCAGCUCCCCCGUGCAGCACGAAGAGCAGCACCCACUGCCCUGGAGACACAAGCAACACUUGGAUGUGCCUGGCAGGGACUCCUCCAGCUGCAGCUCCCCGGAAAGAGGCACUGACUGCAGCAACAACAGCUCUGACCACGAGGACGGCUCCUCAGGAGACUUCAACUACGGGGCGGAGGACUACGACGCGGAGGGGAAUGAGGAGCCCAAGGUGCCACCGGAGGGCUCGGAGACCAUGCCCUACAUCGACGAGUCGCCCACCAUGUCCCCGCAGCUCAGCGCCCGCAUCCAGGAGAGCGGGGAUGGCGUCUCACCCACGCCCACUGACAGCCUGGGCACUGGGGGUGAGCGGGAUGCCGGGAAGGGGCUGGAGAUGCGGAAGUUGGUGCUCUCGGGCUUCCUGGCCAGCGAGGAGAUCUACAUCAACCAGCUGGAGGCGCUGCUGCUGCCCAUGAAACCGCUGAAGGCCACGGCCACCACCUCCCAGCCUGUCCUCACCAUCCAGCAGAUCGAGACCAUCUUCUACAAGAUCCAGGACAUCUACGAGAUCCACAAGGAGUUCUAUGACAGCCUCUGCCCCAAGGUGCAGCAGUGGGAGAGCAAGGUCACCCUGGGGCACCUCUUCCAGAAGCUGGCCAGCCAGCUUGGCGUGUAUAAAGCCUUCGUGGAUAACUACAAGGUCGCGCUGGAGACAGCAGAGAAAUGCAGCCAGAGCAACAACCAGUUCCAGAAGAUCUCAGAGGAGCUGAAAGUGAAAGGCCCCAAGGACUCCAAGGAGAGCCACACCUCAGUCACUAUGGAAGCGCUGCUGUACAAGCCCAUCGACCGUGUGACGCGGAGCACCCUGGUACUGCAUGACCUUCUCAAACACACACCAGCUGACCACCCCGACUACCCGCUGCUGCAGGAUGCCCUCCGCAUCUCCCAGAACUUCCUGUCCAGCAUCAAUGAGGACAUCGACCCGCGGAGGACAGCAGUCACCACACCGAAGGGGGAGACACGGCAGCUGGUGAAGGAUGGCUUCCUGGUGGAGCUGUCUGAGGGCUCACGGAAGCUGCGCCACGUCUUCCUCUUCACCGACGUUGUCCUCUGCGCCAAACUGAAGAAGACCGCCGUGGGGAAGCACCAGCAGUAUGACUGCAAGUGGUACGUGCCGCUGGCCGACCUGGUGUUCCCGGCCCCCGAGGAGUCGGAGCCCUGCCCACAGGUGCACACCAUCCCGGACCACGAGCUGGAGGACAUGAAGAUGAAGAUCUCGGCCAUCAAGAGCGAGGUGCAGAAGGAGAAAGCUGGCAAGGGGCAGAGCCGAGCCAUAGAGCGCCUCAAGAAGAAGAUGUUUGAAAACGAGUUCUGGCUGCUCCUGAACUCACCCACCAUCCCCUUCCGCAUCCACAACCGCAAUGGGAAGAGCUACCUGUUCCUGCUCUCCUCGGACUACGAGAGGUCGGAGUGGAGGGAGGCCAUCCAGAAGCUGCAGAAGAAGGACCUCCAGGCCUUCGUGCUGAGCUCAGUGGAGCUGCAGGUGCUCACCGGGUCCUGCUUCAAGCUGCGCACCGUCCACAACAUCCCCGUCACCAGCAACAAGGAUGAUGACGAAUCCCCGGGACUCUACGGCUUCCUGCACGUGAUCGUCCACUCGGCCAAGGGAUUCAAACAGUCUGCCAACCUCUACUGCACUCUGGAAGUGGACUCCUUCGGGUACUUUGUCAGCAAAGCAAAGACCAGGGUUUUCCGGGACACGACCGAGCCGCAGUGGAAUGAGGAGUUUGAGAUCGAGCUGGAAGGCUCGCAGUCGCUGCGCGUCCUGUGCUAUGAGAAGUGUUAUGACAAGACCAAGCUCAACAAGGACAACAACGAGAUUGUGGAUAAGAUCAUGGGCAAGGGGCAGGUCCAGACGGGAAGAGGAUUCUGCCCCACGCCGCAGGGGAGUGGGGAGCCCAAGAUGACGGAGGUCUUAGUGCAGCCGGACUGUAAGCUGAGCUCGGUGUGCGAGCACUUGGACCACUGCUGCCUGGAGAGGCUGGAGGAGCCCAGGAGCAAGCGCCCCUCCAACACGGGAGCCAAGCUGUGGGGCCGAGUGCGCAGCAAGCUGCUCCGGCAGAAGCUGGACCCGCAGGCCGUGCCGACCAAGAACUGGCACAUGGACGUGAUUGAGAUGAAUGGGAUCAAGGUGGAGUUCUCCAUGAAGUUCACGAGCCGGGACAUGAGCCUGAAGAGGACCCCGUCCAAAAAGCAGACCGGUGUCUUUGGGGUGAAAAUCAGCAUUGUGACCAAGCGGGAGCGCUCCAAGGUGCCAUACAUCGUGAGGCAGUGCGUCGAGGAGGUGGAAAAGAGAGGCAUCGAGGAGGUCGGCAUCUACCGGAUCUCAGGGGUCGCCACAGACAUCCAGGCGCUGAAGGCAGCCUUCGAUGCAAAUAACAAGGACAUCCUGGUGAUGCUGAGCGACAUGGACAUCAAUGCCAUCGCGGGCACCCUGAAGCUGUACUUCCGCGAGCUCCCCGAGCCCCUCCUCACAGACCGGCUGUACCCCGCUUUCAUGGAGGGGAUAGCACUCUCGGAUCCUGCCGCCAAGGAGAACUGCAUGAUGCACCUUCUUCGGUCGCUGCCCGAUCCCAACCUCAUCACUUUCCUCUUCCUGCUGGAACACUUGAAAAGGGUUGCCGAAAAGGAGCCCAUCAACAAAAUGUCCCUCCACAACCUGGCCACGGUCUUUGGCCCAACACUGCUGAGACCCUCCGAGGUGGAGAGCAAAGGACACCUCACCUUGGCCUCCGACAUCUGGUCCCAUGACGUUAUGGCACAGGUCCAGGUUCUCCUUUACUACCUGCAGCAUCCUCCCAUCUCCUUCGCUGAGCUGAAACGCAACACACUCUACUUCUCCACAGACGUGUAGCCUGUGCUGAGAAGGCACCAGCCGCACACGAACCCAGCCUCCCAGAGCGUGGGGUACAGCACAGACUAGCCUCGCCCUGCGGGGAGAUGGGCACUUCCACAGAACAGUGCCCUCUGCAUCUUUGGUACCAUUUUGUACAAGCCUCCAACCCUGGCCCAGGCCCUGCGGGCCCUGUCUAGUAGUCAUGUCUUACGUACCUUUGUGGUCAGGAAUUGUUUUAUGUAUAUUCGUUCGACAGAAGAGGUAGCGACUGACGGGCCGCAGGCCCCUCGCUUUGUUCAUUUCCUGCCAGGCUCCCGUUCCUUCGAAGGCUGUUGCAACUUUCCUUUCGCCCUCCCCAGCUUCAGCCAAGUAUCCCUUCGUCUUGCCCCUCGAAGCCUGCAGCAUCACACCAGUGCCUGUUUGGUUUGCCUCGCCUCGUCCCCUGUGCCUGCAUGUGCAGCGUUGGCUGGCCUCUUGCAUCAGAGGCUGAGAAGGGACCAAGGGCUCCCCCUUUCUACCCAUCAAGACACUGAGCUCUAGUUUGCCUUGCUGUCCGUGUGAACAGUGGACUCUACUCCCUCUUGGGGCAAACCUCUGGCCACAAGAGUGGGUGGGGGGGGGACCUUUUUAAUGUCUGUCCCAGGUGCUUUUCAGCUAGGGCCUGUGGUCUAUGCUUUCUGCCUGUUUGUUGUGUUCUCUGUGGUUAUCCCCCUGCUGUUUCUCCUCUCCCGCUGUGUAGUGUUCUCUAGGAUGGGGCAGAAGUGCCUUUGGCAGGCUUGUGUGGAAAGAAGAAAGGGCUGUCCCGUUACACUACCAAUACUACCCCAGCUCCGUCUGGGUGUACCAAGUGACUGGCUUCUAGGCCCCAGCUGUGUCUCCAGGGGACGUUAGGUACAGAGGAGGUUCAGCCAGGAGCUCCCCAAAGCACACCUGCUGGAGUGAUCAGGUGGGGGAACACCCCUCAGUCCUGCAGCACGAGGGAGGAGUGAUUGUCACAAAAGCCUCGCAUACCUUGUCAAUACUAAUGCCUUAGCCCUUGGCACCCAUUCCUCUUCAGCUGAGCACAGCCGCAAAGGCGCAACUGGGCAGCUAGGCUUCCUUCCCCAGCAUUACCUGGGGGCCUCUUCCCUUUGUGCAGCCUUUCUGCUGAGCUACCCUUCUGAGAACCAGCCAAAAGGGAGGGGGGAGCGAGCCAGGCUCUGCUUUAGUACCACCCAGCCACACCCAGGCUGGCCCCUUGUAAAUACUGCAGGAGGCUGCUGGAGUCUGUAGGACAACAGCUGCUUUUUGUCCCUUCCUGCACCAAGGUAAACAGCUUCUGAGCUGAAAGCGAACUCGAAGGGGCAGAGCCUCAUGGAUAUGGGGGCCUGGAAGGGGAAAGCCCAGUGUGCUUGGAACAGGAGCUCGAUUCUCCCCAUGUGGCUCUCCCUCAUUCCACCAGCCUGACAUGGUGGAAAUUAAGCACGUCCAUUGAUCCAUUCAGCCAGCGUGGGUACAUGCCAUUCUGCUGGGACAGCUUCCCCCCCAGCUCGUUUCCUUUGAAUUCUAACCUCCAGCCCUUGUGGUAAGGCAGUGAUGGCUCUGCCCACUGGCUGGGACAUGUCCCACAGAUGAACACUAUCUUGUGUUCUCUUCUGUGGGCUCCUGUUCUUGUAGCUUAAGAGCACCCCAAACUGCCCAGACUCCUGGAGCCCACAGACAGGUGCUGGGACCUGCCAAGGAAACUAGCUCUGCCCACUACCCCUACACCCUCUGUGCCAAAUGCUGAUGGACAGCUGGUUUAUUUGGGGUGACCAAGCAUAUCCCUUAUAACAGCAGCGCUGCCUUUAACUGCUGUUCCACAUGCUGUCCUAAAGACCAGCCUCCGGGGGGUUGAAGGCAGCUGCUAGCCCCACAGCACUGAAGCAGCUAAAGGGAGAGGGAAGUCUUGCAAUGCCAGUCUAAAGGGCUUACAUUCCAGCCCCCAUGAUGCUGGCAGCACAGAAGCAAAAUGGCAUUGGACACACUGACCAGGUGUCACACUUUGCCCUGGAUAACAGGACUGAGCUUAGAUCGAACUGCACAAUGGAUCCCGUGUGUCUUAUGUACCUACAUCUGUCAACUGUGGUGUCAUUCCACAGGGAAACUAUGACUCACCCCCGCACCAGUUCAAAGGGCUGGAGACCAGCCCCCUGCACAAGCUGUGGCAAUCCCAUGGGCUGUGUUUUCAUUUUUCCUACAGCGGGGUGGGAGGUGUCGGACUCUUAUGGCUACAUCUAGAAUAGAACGGUUCAUUAAUAUUUGACUUUUACUAAGUUAAGAUUAUUUUUGUUUGUGUUUCAACUUCUGUAGAUUAUAAACUUUCAAUGGAUGUAAACCAUGUGAAAAAUGUUAAUAAAAAGCAAAGCCUUGACAUUUGCACAAAAAGUA